UCACAACUUGGUGCCAUUUACAAUACAAGGCUUUCUCCUGGCAACCAAUUUCAGAGGUGUAUGCUCAAAAGUAUAUCCAGUAUGGGAGUUUAUCAAGCCCUUCCUAAUUCUUUUGAUUUGAAGAGUGACAUUCAAGGAAAUGAAGCAUUCUGCAAGACGUCAAGUGAGUCUUUGUGGAACAGAGUUUUGGAAGCCCGAUCCAAGAGAAGAUGGAUUGUAAGGAAACAAAGGGGUACGAGAAACAAUAGAGGACAAAUCAGAACCAACAAGCCCAGAAGGAUUUUGAUGAAGAAGAAAGCACAUCUGGAAGGUUCAAGCAGGCCGGCCAAAGGGAUCCAACGUAGGGUCAGGACCCUGAAGAACCUAAUUCCAAACAGCGAGUCCACGGGGUUAGAUGGUCUGUUCAGAGAGACAGCUGAUUACAUUUUGGCUUUAGAAAUGAGAGUAAAAGUCAUGCAGAUUAUGGUUAAGGUAUUGGGAGGUUCAGAGGAGUGAAGUUAUUAUUCAUUUGUAAAGGAUGAUACCAUUUUUUCAUUUUUCCAUUUGUGAUUCAUUGUCAUAUAUAGGAGCUUGUUUAGUAAGUUCAGAUGUAUGUGUUGAUUCUGUCUAGACUUAACUAUAGAUUGGUGGUUCUAUCGUGUGAAGAAUCGCUUUAAGAUGGUCCAUGGACGAGUGAAUUGCUGGCUUCACUAUUAUUUUCCAGAUUAUUUUACUUGUUUUAAUCUUAUUUCUUGUCCUUUCACCUA